AACUACAAAUGUUGGCGUCCUUCAAUACUCAUAUAGGUGUCUCAUUCCUUUCAUAUAUGCACGUGGCUUUAUUUGUUAAUGUUAAUCCAUGCAUUUAAUUACGAGAAAUAAUAGUAUUCUAAAUAGACAUAAGGAUUUGACUAUUCUAUAAUGCUCUUUCAUGAUACUUGGACAGAAUUAACAAUUAUUUCAAAUCAGUGCACAAUAGAACACCUGUUGUAAAUUUCAAAGCCACUACCUUUAGUUAUUGUUCGAUGACUUAUAUAUUUAGAGUUUCUAGUACUGUCUUCCUUUCAACCAACACCACCCAAAUGAGGCUGCAGAAGCUGAUUAUUCAUGAGUUACUCUUCCAUGUUUGAAUUAGCAUCAGCAGACCCGACGAAGCAUGUAAGCCUAAAAUUGUAGAGAUGGUCACUUUGUAUGAGCAGACUUUUGUGGUCUCGAAGGCUUUAGAAUUACCUGUCGAGAAAAUAAAACAAUCUUUCAUAUGAUUAUUGUCAAUGCAAGUUGUGUUGUUCCUAAACACUACUUCUGCUAUGAUAAUGAUUCUCCAUUCGAAUACAGCUCAAGCCACGCCAAUCUUCACUUCUUCUUGCAUUACAUAAAUAUAAGCCCUUUGAUCAUUAUUAUCCACAUUAUCAUGUCACCUUCUAUUAGGCCAUGUUUGGUAGGAAGUGAUAAAAUAGGAAGGAAUGAUAUAUAUUACUAGGGAGAGGAAAUGAAAGGAACGAGAGAAGAGUUGAAAACCAGAACCUUCUUCUCUAACUUGGUAGGAGGAAGUAGUUGAGAGAAGGGAGGGAUUUUCAAUUGAUCAAUAAUAGGAUUUUCUUCCACUUCUCCUUCCUACCGAACACACUCUUAAUUUAUACUUUUGAAUUUGUUUUUUAUUUUUUUAUUUUUUCAGUUUGGUUUGUUCCAAUAUCCAUGUAGUGAACAGAGGAAAUUCUGAACCUAACAAGCCAUAAAGCAAAAAGAUAAUUUGGAAAACUCAAGUGGCGUUAUUACUACCACCCUAUCUCCACAGUAUUUCUUUUGAUUUUUGGAGAUAAACGUCACCACCAACUUUAGAUUUCGUUACCAGAAAUAAGAAAAAUGUAAGAAUAUAAGAAUAGAAUACAAAUUUUAAGUCAUAAAAGAUUACUUGGAAGACUGGGAAACAGUCAUCACGUCAGACUGAUAUAUAGGUCUAUCACAACAACCACUCAGUUCGGGUUCUCUAGUGUUGUACCUUUAUUGUAGAAAAAACUUACAUAUAAUGUCUACCAUUUUUACUGCAAUUUUAGUUGAUGACAAACAAAUCUUUCUCUGUCCUAAUGAUGACCCACAAACCUCAUCAUGUGUCUAGUCCUAGUGUUUUUUUUCCUCAUGCAUCAUUGUCUAUUCAUUACUAUCAAUCCAACACCAAAAGCCAUAUUCAAAGUCUUGUGGGCCACUUGUGCUAUUUUCUAAGUCUCUGUGUGAAAAACGCGUUAUAGUGUAAUCAUCAUAUAGCCACAUAGUGAAGAGACUUUGAAAAACCAAACAGUCAAGUCCUUAGAGUUGUAGAACACUCAACAGGAUUGUGGAACCCGUUUUACUUCAUUUUUCAACGUGUUUUUCUUAAAACUAUUCUCUUGUCCAAAUUUCUAAGUCAACUAUACCAGGUCAAGCAGACAAGCUUCUCCUUAAUAAUAUGUUGUGGCUUACCCAAAAAGGAAGGAGUACAGUAACAAACCUCCAAUCCAACUUCUCCUGUUUUGCAUGAGAAAUCUAAAUUCUUGGGAUGUUGAAGAUGGCUCCUAUUCCUCUGUUUGCUUUCUUCCUUCUUCUCACUCAUCUUGUGCUUCCAAGCUCUGCUCAAGAAUAUAGAAAUCAUUCAGGUUGUCAACAAUUCUCAUGUGGAAAACUUGGCCCGAUUAGUUUCCCUUUUAACAAUAUGACCAACCCUGAGUGUGGGGUGGUCACAGUAGACUGUUCAGAAGAUAUUUCGAAGAUUCAAUUCAAAGAUGGAGGACACUGGUUUGGAAUUGACAGUAUCAAUCAGGCAGAUUAUAUUUUCGUCAAGGAGACAGUACCGCUGCCUUACUUGAAUUCCCCCGAUUAUUGUAAAUUGAUCAAUGAUUUCUCUUUUCCCAGCUCUACUAAUUCAUCGAUCUUCUUAUUAGCAAAUGAGAAAUCCUUAAAGCUUUACAAUUGCAGCCACAGUCUUCACACACCUUCUCCGCUGAGAGAUCUUAAUCAAACCACGUGCGGAGACUAUGAUUUCUACUGCAAUCCUCCAAACAUGAGUUUUCCAUUCGAGCAACAAUGUCAAAAUAUCAUGCUACCAUUUUCACUUCCACUUCCACCUCUAUAUUCAAUUCCACCUCCACCUUCAAUUAAUAUCACUUUUCAAGUGCAAACAAACCCUGUUUGUUUGGGAUGUAUCUCCAGAGGAGGGAAAUGCGACAAUAUCAACGUAAAUCAAGUUCAAUGUAUUGUUCCCCAGAAAGGACUAAGCAAGAAACAAAAGUUGGGACUAGGACUAGCGGUUGCUUUUGGUGGAAUUGGGACACUUGUGGUUAUGUUGAUCUACUGCUUUAGGAAGAAAUAUAAUCAUGCUCAUCAAAGUAUUGAGGCAUUCCUAAAGAACUGUGGUCCCCUUCAAAUUAGAAGAUACCGUUAUUCAAAUAUUAAGAAAAUGACGAACUCAUUCAAAGAAAAACUAGGCCAAGGAGGCUUUGGUAGUGUUUACAAAGGAAAAUUACACGAUGGACAUCUUGUUGCAGUGAAGAUGUUAAACGAAUUGAAAGCCAAUGAUGGAGAAGACUUUAUUAACGAGGUCGCAGCAAUCAGCAGAACUUCCCAUGUCAACGUUGUCAGAUUGUUAGGAUUUUGUUUUGAGGGUGCUAAAAAGGCUCUCAUCUAUGAGUUCAUGCCUAAUGGUUCUCUUGAAAAAAUUGUAUACGAUGAAGAUGAAAGUGAAGAAAGUUAUCAAUUGGAUUGGGAAACAUACUAUCAAAUUUCAAUUGGCACUGCUAGAGGACUAGAAUAUUUGCAUCGAGGUUGCAAUAGACGGAUUUUACAUUUUGACAUUAAACCUCAUAACAUCCUUCUUGAUGCAGACUUUGUGCCCAAAAUAUCAGAUUUUGGCCUAGCCAAAAUUUGCACAAGGAAAGAUAGUCUAGUUUCAAUGUUGGGUCCAAGAGGUACUAUUGGGUAUAUUGCUCCAGAAGUUUUCUCUAGAAACUUUGGAGGGGUUUCCCACAAGUCUGAUGUCUAUAGUUAUGGAAUGAUGGUUCUAGAAAUUGUGGGAGGAAGAAAAAAUGUCAAUAUUAGAGUUGAUAACAACAGUGAAUUAUAUUUUCCGCAAUGGAUCUACGAGCGCCUUGAGCUUAAAGAACUAGGACUCAAGAGAAUUAUAAGUGAAGAAGACAAUGUAAAAUCGAGGAAGAUGAUUAUGACGAGCUUGUGGUGCAUACAGACUGAUCCCUCAAGCCGGCCAACAAUGAGUAGAGUCAUAGAAAUGUUGGAAGGUAGCCUCGACUCCUUGAAAGUACCACCUAAGCCUUUCUUGUCCUCCCCACCAAGGUCAUCACCAUCUGAUUCUUCCAACAUACUUAUAUAUCUCUAUGAGUAUAGCAUUUCAAACAAGUUUGGAUUGUAUACAAAAACUGUAUGAAUGAAAGAACUUAUUUAAAGAGCAAACUGUCUAGCACCGGUUUUUGGGAAAA